AUGAAUGAUACAACGUUGAAAUCGAUCGCAAAGAGCUUAGUUCCUGAAAAUUAUUUAGCCAUAGCGAACGAUGCACGCGCGGAACGUGAUAAAGCGAUCAAAUUACUGCUUGAAAAGCGUAAAUUGCCCGUGUCGGGAUGGAGUGAAACAAUGAUCGAAUAUUUUGUAAGCGAGCUAGCGUUGCUGGACAGUAAUAAUUUUCCUUCACGCUGCGGUGUAGGUGAACGGGAAGGACGUGUGAUUUGUGAUCUCGUACGCCGAAGGCAUUAUAACUUUGCCCAUGGAAUUGGACGUUCAGGAAAUUUAACCGAUGCACAACCGAAAGCGGCCGGUUCCACGAUCAUGGCUAAUUUAACCAAUAGCCUAGUGUGUGAUUGGAUCAAAUCUAUUGGUGUACCAAAUUGUAGCAAGGCCAUCGUUAUUCCUUUGGCUACUGGCAUGACCAUGAUGCUUGUCUUGCGAGCAAUUCAUUCUAAACGGCCAACGGCACGCUACGUCCUCUGGUCACGGGUAGAUCAGCAGUCCUGUUUUAAAGCCAUAGCAGCCGCUGGUUUGACGCCAAUCGUUAUCGAUAGCUUGUUGGUGCGGGAAUGCAGUGUAACGGAAUCGUCACAUGCUCAGGAUGUUGAUUCCACAUGUUGUACCGACCUUCCACAGUUUGUUUUAAAAAUUAAAGAACUCGGAGCAGAUCAAAUUUGUUGCAUCGUGUCUACCACAAGCUGUUUUGCGCCACGAAGCAGUGAUGAUAUAAUCGAACUAGCUAAGCUCUGCCAAGUGCACGACAUUCCCCACAUAGUGAACAAUGCUUACGGACUGCAGAGCUCAUACUUUGCUCACCAGCUAAAUCAAGGUGCCAGGGUGGGAAGAAUUGAUGCGUUUGUUCAAAGCACGGAUAAGAAUCUACUUGUGCCAGUUGGCGGUGCGAUAGUGGCCGGAUUUACCACCGACACGGUUGAUGCAGUAGCCCAGCUAUAUCCUGGUCGUGCUUCCGGCACGCAGUCGUUGGAUGUACUUAUGACACUUUUAUCACUGGGCAAGAAUGGCUACGAUAACCUAAUGAAGGAACGAAAGAUAGCACACGGAAUGCUUUUGGAAGGAUUGACAAAUCUUGCCCAAUCUCACGGUGAACGCAUUUUACCCUGUCGCAACCCGAUUUCAAUCGCAAUGUCGCUUGUAUCGUUUGAAGGGAAUUCCAACCGUCUGGAAAUAAUUGGUUCCAUGCUACUGAAGCGUGGUGUAUCUGGUUGUCGUGUAGUGACCACGGUCGACACCAAAACUAUCGAUGGUAACACUUUUCUUCGUUGGGGAUCGCAUAAUUCGGCCGCAUGUGUGCCUUAUCUUACGGCGAGUGCCGCGCUGGGCAUUAACCCACAGGAUAUAACCAAUUUCCUAACCAAGCUGGACGAGGUUUUCCUGUUCUGCUUCCACAAUAUUUUAAUGACACGUGCUACAAUCAUCGUUCCUCGUUAUCGGCUAUUAAAAUUUUGA